UUAUAAAAUGACAGAUGCUAAUAUAUGAUUAAAUCGUAUAUUACUUGCCCAUCCGAACAUUAUGAAAAUACGAUAUGAUCUAUGUUUAUUUCCGUAUCUCUUGUAAUGUAAGUUUCUCUUAGAGAAAGACUUGUAAAGAAGUAGGAUGUAAUUGUUGUAGAUGUUGGAUUGAAAUCCGUGGUGCUCUAUCAAACAAUAUAAUACAUAUUUUUCAUUAUUACUGAUAUUUACAACUUUCUUGGCUUUGAUUUCUUGUUUAAUGCGUCAAAUUCAGAAGCGAAAUGCAGUGUCUUGCCCACAGACUCUUGAUACAUAUACUCUUUGAUAUAACCUGUGUAGAACGUACAUAACCAUCUCUCGGCUCCACGUUCGGCAGUUAGUGGUUUUGAAGAUUCCAGAUUUUGAAGGAAAAUGCCGAAGUUUCGUGGUUGUUCGCUUCACAAUUGCCAUAUUAAUGGAACGAUAGACACGAAAAAUACAAGACUUGCAAAGUAUAAGUGAUAUUAAUAUUUUGCACUUUUAUUAAGAAUGGUUUAAUAUUAUUAAGAUAGUUAUUUACAACAUUGCAUUAAUUACUGUAACAUUGUUCCUCUCAGUUUUUGGGUAGUCCUAUUAUUUUUGUUUGCAAUAACAUUAAAUUGGAUAUUUGCAAUACUUGGCAAUUUAUACUUUACAAUUUUUAAUAUAGUUUUAUGAAAUGGCUGAUGGGAAUUAGGACCUGACACUGGCAUCUUGUCCAUGGAGGACAUGAACAGGAGGAGGUACAUGUGCAUAGAGCACAUCUUGCCAGAAAUAUUGACUGAAAAAAACAGUUGUGUGGAAUGCAGUCCCCAGUAAAAUGUCCUGACAAUGCCCCGAGGUGCCUAAUGGAGCGCUCAGAGCAUUUAGAGAAAGCUUGUCAGCAAGUGCCUGCCUUACACAUUGCAGCCUCUAUUCAUUCUGGCUUCUUUGCAUGAUCUGGCAUUUCCCUACCUGCUGGAAAAGGGUGCAGUACAUCCUGGAGGUGGCAUUUAUUCCAAUAUGUGAUAUAAUACUGUCAAUUUUGGUCGUCUUUUAGUAUUGCUGUGUGGUAAUUUUGGAUUUCAAGUGAUAUGCCAUAGUAUGUAGUGUUGCACAUGGUCCAUUCAGAUCCAAUUUUUCUAUUCAAAAAGCUGAUGUUUUUUUGACAGUUUUUAAAACUACUUAGUAUUACUGUGAAAUGUAUUCAUUCACCAAACAAAUAGGCUGGGAUGUGAGCUGUUGUGCGAGUGUCAAAUGUGAAUUCAGUGCAUAUAGUUGGAGGUUAGGGAUAGUUUUUACAAGAGUGAAUUGAAUUGAAUGCCUUAUUUUACGUGGCGAGACUCGGGCCGUCAGGCCCGCUCUUCCGUCUGACCACACAAAUUUCGCUACGCUUCUUUCAUCGACUAGCAGAGAACGGAGUUAUUUCUUGGGCGAGAAACAGGCGAUUUGAAUUUAGUUCAGAGGCGUCAUUUAGGCUUGAGGAUCUUUUACAUGCAAGUAAAUCUACUAACAUGGGACAGCCGGAUUUACAUCCCCUCCGAAGGAAGGCGUACGAAGGAUUUUGUCGCCCUAAAAAUCCACGGUUUCGAUCGGGUUUGAACCCACGAGCUUGGGUAUAAGUCCUGUACGCUAACCGUCACACCAUCGCCGCCGCUUGUGAUUUACAUUGUUCCAAAGAAUGUUUUAAGAAUUGAUACAAAUUGUGUGUAAAAGCUUGGAAUACGUAUGCAUGUGAAUUAACUCAUGGAUGUAAAUUGACAUGCCAUACAUUUUGAAUUUCUGAGAGUCUUGUGUUGUUUUCUUUCAAUACGUUCUUAUUAAACCUGCAACAGACUAAAUUGUCACAAAGUUAUGUAUAUGAAUAUGUUUUGGAAAGCAAGUUAUAAAGGGCACUAUUCUUGCAUUUUAUCUAUAUAAAUACAUUCAUAUGAGAACAUUCUCCAUUUGGUGGAAUGACAAGUAUAAUAGGGAGUAUCUUGGCACAAACAUUAGUGAGCCAGUGUUUGAGAAGUGAUAAUUAUUUGUAUGUGUUAAUCACCAUUAAUGUCCCUCAAUUUAGUUUGGCAUCACAGUGUUUUAAAAAAAUGUCAUGACUGAACAGACAAUAAUGAAAAUCUUAAUUAAAAACAAUUCAAUAUCUAAUAGGAAAUACGUAAUUCUGAGUGUAUGAUGUGAUAUUGUGUGUUAUUGAGCAACUUGCUGUGCUUUUGGACAAUUAAUAUAUUGUUGGAAUGCAAAUUUACAAGUCUAUAAAGUAUUUUGGAAUAAAUCAAUUUGAAGUAGAUUCUGUUAAAUCUACUCCAUAUAUUUUCCUACAUAGGGAAUAACAUCUUUUCUUUUAACACAGAAGAUGGAUUUUUUCCUGUACAUCCAAGCCGCAAGACUCCAAUAUUUCACUGAUCAAAAGAAUAGAAGAAAUCUG